GUUACGGGCUGUUUGUCCUGUACUACUAGUUAAAGUUUAAGUAACUUUAAGGGAUCAUCGUCAAAUGCGCAGGCGCCGGAGGAGGGGGAGUCGCUGGCUGCGCGCGCCGCUUUAAGGGAAAUGGGAAGCCUUGAAACCUCCAUGUUCUGCGAGCGGAGUUGAAGCACCAUAUUGAAUCAAAGUUGCUAUCUCCUUGGCAAACGGUUUUUUUGUUGUUGUUAUUGUUGUUGUUGUUGUAAGUUUCCCAGGACUUCAACCCCCCCCCCCCCCCCACGGCGCAAUGGCCGAGCUGUAGGCGACUUUGUUGGGAUGUUUUCCGGAGCGCUUCGGCUUCGUUUGUAAGUUUUCUUUUUUUCUUUUUUAGUCGGCGAACUAUCUGUAACUUUUAAAAAAGCGCGAGACCAGCACGACCGGACCCGAACCCGCUGCAUGUGAUGGACCCCCCGUCCUCAAUAAUCACCCAAGUCAGCCGGGAUGAGGAGGGGAAUAAAGCCGCAGGAGAGAGGGGCUCCGCCCCCUCUCUGACCUCCAAGAAGUCCAGGAGCAGAGGCCUCUUCUCCAGCCUCUUCUGCUGCCUGUGUCGAGACCAUCCCGAACCCCAACCCGUCAACAACAACGCCCCCCUGCUGGUGGAGGAGAACGGCACCGUCUCCAAGAUCCAGGUGAAGCCGCUGCUGCCUCCAGUGAAGUCUAAAGACUCGGGAAAGAUCUGCGUGGUUAUAGAUCUGGAUGAGACGUUGGUUCACAGCUCCUUCAAGCCUGUGAACAAUGCAGACUUCAUCAUUCCUGUGGAAAUAGAUGGAACAGUACACCAGGUGUGCGUCCUGAAGCGGCCCCACGUCGACGAGUUCCUGAAGAGGAUGGGAGAGCUGUUCGAGUGCGUCCUGUUCACGGCCAGUUUAGCCAAGUAUGCAGACCCCGUCUCCGACCUCCUGGACAAGCGGGGCGCUUUCCGCUCGCGCCUCUUCCGGGAGUCGUGCGUCUUCUACCGGGGAAACUACGUCAAGGACCUGAGCCGCCUGGGCCGCGACCUGAACAAGGUCAUCAUCGUGGACAACUCCCCCGCCUCCUACAUCUUCCACCCCGACAACGCGGUGCCGGUGGCCUCGUGGUUCGACGACAUGUCCGACACCGAGCUGCUGGACCUCCUCCCCUUCUUCGAGAGGCUGAGCAAAGUGGAGGACGUCUACACGGUCCUCAAGCACCAAGGGGCCGCGAGCUAACGGCUCAUCUCAAACCGGAUUCAGCCACGCCAGCGAGGCCCACGGCUCCAGCUCUCACUGCCCUGCCCCGGUCUCAACAACCAACAUCCUAUUUGGGAGUAUUAUUUUUUUUUAAGGGCCUCGCCACUGCCACCUACUGGUCGAAUGGGGGAAACUCCCUGAAAUGUGUAACUUUCUCGGCUCGACGUGGGAGGAAAGGAUGGACGGAUGGUUACGGACGUUUCUGCGGCGGCGCUGAGCCUGCAGUAGUCUGUCGCCUCUGAAUCCCCUGGACUCGGUCCGGGUACUGGACCCUAUCGUGGAUUCACCGGGUCCGAUUCUGAGGCAGGAUUUGAUGAACCGAAUUUUUUUGUCCGUGCAAAUAAACUUUGUCCGUGUCGUCGUUGAAAGAGCAAGACGGCGUGCACGUACUGGCGGAUGUCUUUUUUUUUAAACAAUAACUUUUGCCCUAAUUUGAGUCAAUUGGCACACUUUUUGUCUGCAGAAGAAGAAGAAGAAAAGAAAAAAAAGCUUUUGAUCCUCGGGAGUCAUUUUAGAGUUCUUAGAGCGACGUGAUCAGAGUUGUUGAAUUCACUAAUAACAAAAUGAUUGGACGGCACUUUACAAGUUUAGUCUGGAAGUCCUCCCUAUCACUGGGAUGAAGAAAAUUAUUUUAGUAAAUUUAACGCCGCUUACAAAACAGCAUUAGAUGAUUAAUGGGGAUCUUUUUUUUUUUGCACUUCAAAAUUGUUAAUUUGCAGCACAAGGAAACAGUGAGAAUCAAUGACCACAACUCUAAUCCUUUUUUUUAUUUAUUUUCUUUUUAGAGAUUGGUACAAACCCAAAAAAAACAAAGAGCCCUUUUUUCUUUCUUUCUUUUUUUUUUUUAAAACGAGCCGAGCAAGACACUAAUAUGAAUAUCAAACCGUCUGAAAGAGCGGCCGCUGUGUUUAUCGCAAACGUGGAUUUCCAAAGUCGGUUUAGAGAUUGACGGACGGGCCAAAAACUGCAUCUGCCCCGAGAGGACCAGGAUCGGCUCCUCUGGUGGGUCCUGAUGCUUGUUUUUAAAGCCACACACACACACACACACACACACAACUUGAAUUCUUCAGACUGCAUUGGAAUGGUAUGAGAAAGUUGUGUGACGCAGGAGAAGGUUAACGCUUGGUUUGUCAGUCUCAUAAGCUUCAGAGUACAACGUGUUCUUUCUUCUUCCUUUUUUUAUUCUUCCCCCCGAAGCUGGAAACUAUUUCAGGACUUUGUAAUGAGGAGGAGGAGGAGGAGGAGGAGUCAAACAAUGCCACUGAAAUUGCUAUUGUUCAUUCCAAAGUGGGCAAGAAAAAUUAAUUCUUUUGGAUUUGUAGGAAAUCAGCAACCACAGGAGAUGGUUAAAAAAAAAAAAAGGUGAUUUGAGGGCGGGGUCUUUCCAGUAAAAACUCCCACGGGGGUCGCACGCCUUGAACGCCACGUGUGGACUGAAGAAUGAAGCCCGUGGAGUCGACGUAAAGAGCCUCACGUAGCAGGGAUGACAAUUAAAUCUGACAUAUUAAGAGCUACCGCAUAUGUUUAACAAAUUCUCUUCAAUCAAAUUAGCCUGUUUUUGUUGUUGUUUGUUGCCCAGGAGUGCGACUCUUGAUACAAUAUUCACAGUUGGCCGUGACCUGGGUGUUUACUACAUAUAUUAAUAGGCAAUAUAUGGAUCACCAGCAAAUGACCAGAAGGUUGGUAAUCUUACUGUAGACGCCAUAACAGGGUCGUUAUUUUGGAGUAUUUAUAGGAACGUUAAGUCAUGUGAUUACGCAUUCAGUUAGAUAUGUAUAUUUUGUUUUGCACAGUAAUAAAGCAAACAAAUGUUCAUUAAUAUAUGGAAUAUUCAUGUUACUGUACUCGUGAUUGAAUAGAUGUAACCUUAAUUGUUUGACCUGUUGUUUUAUCAUACCAAAUUUAUAUAUGGACUGUAUGUAAUAAUGCCAUUAUCCUCCCUCCCCGAACCAUAAAUGCUAAAUGAAAGAUGGUC